AUCUGUGUCUUUAUAACCCGCGCUUUGCACAAAUGCUGGAAUUUGGAAAGAAGAGCCAUGAGGUUUCGAUGAUGGCACUGCGUCUCCUGCAGAGGAUGAAGAGAGACUGGAUGCACACGGGACGAAGACCUUCAGGCCUCUGCGGAGCAGCGCUCUAGGUAGCUGCCCGGAUGCACGCGUUCCAUCACACAAUUAAGGAAGUUAUCAGUGUGGUGAAAGUCUGUCAACCCACAUUAAGAAAAAGACUGAAUGAAUUUGAAGACACGCCUACCAGUGAGCUGACUAUUGAAGAGUUCAUGCGGGUGGAUCUGGAGCCGGAGUGUGACCCGCCCUCUUACACAGCUGGACUCAAGAAGAAAAAGCUAAAACAGUUUCCUUGGCGUCAUCCAGCAUCCUUGCUGGUGGUGAGGAAGGAGAGAAUGACUUACCUGUGCAGUACUAUAUGUGGAGAGGAUGGAGGGAACAAUGAGCAGGAGAGAAAUGGAGAGAAAGUCUUUUCAACCAAACGGCCCUCGUUAGCAUUAUUACUUGGAGCACUGCCCACUGCAGCCAGUUUGGGCCUGCCAGAGUCCAUCACCAAAAUGGAAGAGGAAAAGGAAAAUGAUGUGGAGACACAAAACGGUGAGUUAGACCUGAGCGGUAUCGACGAGGAUGAGGUCGAUCGGUAUAUCCUUAAUGAGAAGGAAGUUAAGGUGAAGACUGAACUGUGGAUGCUUCAAAAUGCAGACUACCUCAAAGAAAAGAAAGGAGAAGAAGUAAAUGUAAAGAGCAGAAGGUAACAAAGCACUUCAUAAAUGCAGGUGCAGUGGUCAGGUUACAAAUGUAUACGUUUACUUUCUUAUAUCUUAAAGCCUAAAAAGAAUGCACGGAGGCGUGAGCCCAUCAAUGCCAGCACUGUAGACGAAGCCAUUGAAAAGAUGUUGGAGCAGAAACACAUCUCCACUAAAAUAAACUAUGAUGUUCUGAAAAACUUGAACAAAUCCAGCCUAAAAAGUCCCACUCGCCAGACUGAAGAAGCUUCCGCCAGAGCCAAAAGAACCCCCGCGGCACGCCAACGGAAACCCCAACUGACUUCACCCAAGAUUGGCAAAACUAUCAGCAGCUUUGGCAAGAGUUGGCCUCAUGGGCAGACCUUGGCCAAUGAAAGCUGCCAUAGAUUUCAGACCUACACUGACAGUCUGAAGAAAGGGAUUGGUGCCCCAGUGGCCACUCCUGCUGCUCCAACCCAGAAUACUGCUGUUGUGGAGCGUGGACCAGUGGCGUACGAAGACACUGUAGAAGAAGAAGAGGAGGAGGAUGAGGAGGACGAACAUUGUGACAGUGCCAUGCAGUUAAUGGGCGGCACUGAUAAUGGCUAUGAGGUAGAUGAUGAUGAUGGCUUCUGAAUCCAGUGUGCCUUUGGCAGCACCAAUGGAGAGGAAACACAUACUUACCUAGCUGCUUAUUCUGACCCCAAAACACACAUGCAAC